GACAACCCAAAAAAAAAAAGAGAGAUAUUCGCUCUGAUCACAGUCGAAGGAAGAAAGAGCGACUGCUGAUCCAUUAACAAUCCAAUAAAAGUUUCAAGUGGGGAAAAGAAAGAAGAAGAAAAAAAAAAAUGGAGGAAGGAGCCAAAUCAACUGAAACAGAAUCUCCCGCUCUGAUCACAGUCAAUGUACAAUUCAGCGGUCAGAAGUUCCCGAUCUCGAUCUCCCCAGAUUCCACCAUUAAAGAGCUCAAAUCUCGUCUUCAACCUCUCACCAACGUCCUCCCCCGUGGCCAAAAGCUCAUCUGCAAAGGGAAAGUUCUCGCAGAUGCUAUGAGUUUGAAGUCGUUGCAAAUUGUAAAUGGUUCCAAAGUUAUGCUAGUUGCCACUCAGGGUCUACACCAAGGGGAUGGUCCCACCACCAGAGAUGUGAAGAAGAAUCAGAAUGUUAAUCGUGCUUCAGCUACAUCUUAUAAGCCUGCAAUGAGUAACAUGGAGCGUUGCAAAAUAACUGGUGUGGUAGCCUUGUCAGAAUGUGGUUUGAAGGUUGUACCUGAUGAGGUUUGGGAUUGUGGGCUAUGUGUGAGAGUAUUGGAUCUCAGCAACAAUCUUAUUCGAGAAAUAUCAGCCAAAAUUUGCUCUAUGAAACAUUUGAAUAAACUGCUGAUAAAUGCAAAUGAUAUCUCAGAUGAGAGCAUUAGCUGGGAAAGUUUAUCGUCUCUGAAGUAUUUAGCAGUUCUGUCUCUGAGUCAAAACCAGCUGACUACUUUGCCAUCAGCAUUGGGCUCUCUGACUUCAUUAAGCCAAUUGCAUAUUUCAAAGAAUAUGCUGACAAGCUUACCCGAUGAGUUAGGUUUGUUGAAUCAACUUCAAGUUCUGAAAGCAAAUAACAAUAGGAUAAGCUUAGUGCCUCCGUCUAUAGGGAACUGUUGCUCACUGAUCGAGAUUGAUUUUUCAUCCAAUCUUUUGAUUGAACUGCCAGAGACAUUUGGGAAAUUACGAAAUCUGAAGGCAUUGCAUUUGAGUAACAACGGUCUCAAAUCUCUUCCUUCAACAUUGUUCAAAAUGUGCACGCAGCUGUCAAUUCUCAAUCUCCACGGCACUGAAAUCACUAAUGAUGUUCUGCGGCAGAUUGAAGGUUGGGAAGAUUUUGACGAGCGCCGUCGGUUAAAGCAUCAGAAGCAGCUUGAUUUCCGUGUUGGAUCCUCAGGAGUAUUUGAUGAAGGUGCUGACGACGAUAAUAGGCCUUAAAUGGUCUAAAACCCUGAUUCAUGUUCCGGGGAUAAUUCUCAAGUGCCGUUCGGUACAAGCAUCGAAAGAUUGAACACAAAAAAAUUAUUCUCACAGAACUGCUGCUUGUUAACACUGAAGCUUAUAUAGCGAUUCUUCAAUAUUCACGGUUUUUUUAAUUCAACUUUUCUUUUAACUUUUGGGUAUUAAAGGAAUGUUGUAUAUUAUGGUUAAUCAUGAGACAUUGGUUCCUUACUCUUCAUCAGCAAUGUUAUAGGGAUCAAAUUUGUCGCA